AUGCGAAAUAUGCGUGGCGAUGCUAUGCGUGGUUUAGCUGUUUUUAUAUCAGACAUUAGAAAUUGUAAAAGUCGUGAAGCUGAAUUACGACGUAUUAAUAAAGAAUUAACAAAUAUUCGACAACGAUUUCGAGCUGAUAAAACUCUUGAUGGAUAUCAAAAGAAAAAAUAUGUAUGCAAAUUAUUAUUUAUUUUUUUACUUGGUCAUGAUAUCGAUUUUGGAUAUAUGGAAGCUGUUAAUUUAUUAAGUUCAAAUAAAUAUACAGAAAAACAAAUUGGUUAUUUAUUUAUUUCUGUUAUUAUGAAUUCAAGUACAGAAAUGAAACAAUUAAUUAUACAAAAUAUUCGUAAUGAUAUACAAAGUCGAAAUCCAAUAUUUAUUAAUUUAGCAUUACAAUGUGUAGCUAAUAUUGGUGAUAAAGAAAUGGCAACUGCAUUUACUAAUGAAAUACCUCGUUUACUUAUCUCAGGAGAUACAAUUGAUCCUGUCAAACAAUCGGCUGCUCUUUGUUUAUUAAGACUUCAUCGAACAAGUUCAGAUUCAUUACAAUUGAAUACAGAAUGGACUGCAAGAAUUAUUCAUCUUCUUAAUGAUCAACAUUUAGUAAAGAGAUUUUUAUUAAUUACGAAUAGAAAACAAAAACGAAAUGAUCGUCUUUUUUUUCAGGGUGUAGCAACAGCAGCCGUUAGUUUAAUUGAUGCACUUGUUAAACGUAAUCCAGAUGAAUAUAAAGGUUGUGUAAAUUUGGCUGUUUCACGUUUAAGUCGAAUUGUUACUUCAUCUUAUACGGAUUUUCAAGAUUAUACUUAUUAUUUUGUUCCAGCACCUUGGCUUUGUGUUAAAUUAUUGCGAUUAUUACAAAAUUAUCCUCCACCAGAUGAUCCAUCUGUUCGAAGUCGUUUAAAUGAAUGUCUUGAUACAAUUCUUAAUAAAGCUCAAGAACCAUUAAAAUCGAAAAAAGUUCAACAUUCAAAUGCACGUAAUGCUGUUUUAUUUGAAGCUAUUAAUCUAAUUAUACAUAUGGAUUGUGAAUCAAGUUUACUUGUACGUGCAUGUAAUCAACUUGGUCAAUUUUUACAAAAUCGAGAAACAAAUCUUCGAUAUCUUGCUUUGGAAAGUAUGUGUCUAUUAGCAACAUCGGAAUUUUCACACGAAGCUGUUAAAAAACAUCAAGAAACAGUAAUUAAUGCAUUAAAAAGUGAACGUGAUGUUAGUGUUCGACAACGUGCUGUCGAUCUUCUCUAUGCAAUGUGUGAUCGAUCCAAUGCUGAAGAUAUUGUACAAGAAAUGUUAACAUAUCUUGAAACAGCUGAUUAUACAAUUCGAGAAGAAAUGGUUCUUAAAAUUGCUAUACUAAGUGAAAAAUAUGCUAUUGAUUAUAAAUGGUAUUUAGAUAUAAUGCUUAAAUUAAUUCGUAUUGCUGGAGAUUUUGUUUCUGAAGAAGUUUGGUAUCGUGUUAUACAAGUUGUUGUUAAUCGCAAUGAUGUACAAAGUUAUGCAGCUAAAAUAGCAUUUGAAGCAUUACAAGCACCAGCUUGUCAUGAAAAUAUGAUUAAAGUAGCUGGAUAUAUUCUUGGUGAAUAUGGAAAUUUAAUUGCACUUGAUCCACGAUCAACACCAAUGAUUCAAUUUGAUUUACUUCAUUCAAAAUAUCAUCUAUGUUCACCAACAACUCGUUCUUUGCUUUUAUCGACUUAUAUGAAAUUUAUUAAUUUAUUUCCAGAGAUAAAACAAUAUGUUCAAGAUGUUCUUCGUCACGAUUCAAAUUAUCGUAGUUCUGAUGUUGAAAUUCAACAACGAGCAAUUGAAUAUCUUAGAUUAAGUGAAAUAUGUAGUCCAACAGUAUUAGCUACUGUAUUGGAAAUCAUGCCACCUUAUCCGGAAAAACAAUCACCAUUACUUGUUCGUCUUAAACAAAAGAAACCAUUAAUGGAAGCUGAUGGUAGUAGUGAACCAUCAGUGACAACGGCGACGCAUGCAGAAGAUGUUCCUAAAUUUGCUGAAACAGCUAUCCAUCUUAAUCAACAACAACAACAACAGCAACAGCAGCAGCAACAACAACAACAAAAUGGACUUCUUGUUUCAUUUGAUACAAAUGAAUUCAGCUCUCAUUAUGACGAAUCAACAUCUUAUUCACUUCCAUCAACAAUAACAACGACAACAACAACAACAAUACAAUCAACAAAGAAAUUCUUAUUUAAACAUAGUGAUAUUAUCUUUGAAAAUGAUCUUAUACAAAUAGGUAUCAAAGGUGAAGCAUCCAAAAAUAUUUUACAUGUAGAAUUUUAUUAUGGAAAUAAAACGAAUUUUAAUUUAUCAAAUAUUUCAACUAAUAUUACAUUAUUGGGUGAAUUAGAAUCAGAACUACGGCUUAAUAUUGAACCAAUUAAAACGACCAUCGAUCCAAAAGCACAAAUCAAACAAUUAGGAACAAUUGAAUGUUUAAAAGAAUUUCGAGAUUUACCAAAAAUAAAUUUUGCAUUUUUUUAUAGCAAUGUACCACAAAAAAUUGAUUUUUCAUUUCCAUUAUAUAUAAAUAAAUUUCUUGAAAAAGCUGAAAUGGAUUCAAAUAAUUUCUUCUUACGUUGGCGAAAUCUUGAUAAACCUGGUCAAGAAUGUCAAAACAUUUUUCCAGCAAAAUAUCCAAUGAAUCAUGAAGAUUGUCGUCAAAAAUUGGAAGGUUUUGGUUGGAGUAAUUUAACAGGUAUUGAUGUUAAUUCGGAUAAUUUUUGCGGUGCUGGUAUAUUACAUACAUCUGCACAACAAAUCGGCUGUCUUUACCGACUUGAACCGAACAAACAAGCUAAAAUGUAUCGUCUUACGAUCCGAACAAGCAAAGACAGUGUUGCUAAUCGUAUGGUUGAAUUACUUGAAGAUGAAUUUUAA